GACUAGUCCGUGGAGACGACAGGGCGAUCUCUCGCGGAGCGCGGAGGUUGGCUGAAUUUUCGCAGAGUGUAUUUUCGUAUCGGAGUGAUAGCGCAAUCUGGUCCGCAGGAUAUCGCGUCGGAUAUCGCGACGUCCCGGGUGAUGAGAAGCUCACGCCGCAGUUAAAAUCCGCGCCAGCCCCACGUGUGACAUCGCCGUGCGCUCUCUCGCCCGCCUUGCACUUCGGGAAAAAAAAUACGGCGCUUCGCAGAAAUACAGAGAUCAUGGCGGUGCCCAACACCGGUGUAGUCGUGCCCCGAAACUUUCGUCUGUUGGAAGAAUUGGAGCAAGGUCAGAAAGGUGUGGGCGAUGGCACGAUCAGUUGGGGUCUAGAGAACGAUGAUGACAUGACCCUCACGCAUUGGACUGGCAUGAUAAUUGGACCACCUAGGACGCCAUAUGAAAAUAGGAUGUAUAGUCUGAAAAUUGAUUGCGGUCAAAGAUAUCCAGAUGACGCACCCAAUGUAAGAUUUUUAAGCAGAAUCAAUAUGAAUUGCAUUAACAGUGCUACUGGAGCUGUGGACAAUCGCAGUGUACCGGUUCUUGCAAAAUGGCAACGAGAAUAUACAAUUAAAACAGUUCUUCAAGAACUCCGUCGUUUGAUGACGUUGAAAGAAAAUAUGAAACUUUCUCAGCCUCCGGAAGGCAGCACUUUUUAGCCUAUCCAUAAAGACAGAGACAUCUUCCUUUUUGCAAUAGCACGAGGCGAGAUCUAUAAUGAAGGUACCAAAUGAUAUUAAAAUGGUGCCCGCUAAAAAUAUAUGUUUAAAAAGAAAUAAAAAAAAUACGAAAAAAACAACUUUGUGAAGGAAAGGAGGUAAUAGCUUGGAAAGUUGAAUGAGUGUACCAAGUUUAUGUAUAGAUAGAGAAGUUUACAAAUACACAUUUGUAUUACAUUA